AUGUCGGACCGCGGCGAGCCCGACUGGGCCGAGUGGGAGGCGCUGUCCGCAGGCCUUCCGGGGUCCACGGAUGUCGCCUGGUCCGCCGAAAUGGAGGUCGACGCGGGGGCGGGUGUGGGCGCUUCGUCGUCGUCGACGAUGGGGUUCGCUGCUGCUGAGGCAGUUGCCCCGGAGCUCGCCGACAGCGGCGCGGCGGGCGGCUGCGAUCAGGUGGGCGACGACUCGGCCACCGCGUCCUCCGGGCCCGCCGCGUCCUCCUCCUUUGCUGUCGACGCGAUCGACAUCGACGAGGCCGACGACUGCGCUGAGGCUGGGGUCGCGGCGGCGGCGGCGGGGGAGGAUGGGCAAGAAGCGGCCAGCAAGCGCAAAGUGUACGAGUGCAGCGCCUGCGGCCGCCCGAAGAAGAGCUGCGGCUGCCGCGUCCCUCCACGCGAUGCGUCCGCCUCGGGCGCCCGCCGGACCUACAACGAGUCGGAGGGCGACGACGCGCCUUGCUAUUGGGCGCAGUGCGACCGGUGCGACAAGUGGCGGCGGCUGCCGUUUGAGGACCGGUUCCGUCCCGAGCGGCUGCCCAAGAAGUGGUUUUGCGCGAUGAACCCGAACGGCGCGGCCGCGUCGUGCGACGCGCCUGAGGACGAGUUCGACGCCGACGCGGAGGAGGAGGCCUCUUCCGAGUCAGAGGGCGACGAGACUGUCUACUCGGUGGACCGGCUCCUCGCGCAGCGGUGGGCGGCGGCGAUCCUCGACCCCGCCCUCGUGCGCGAGUUCGACGCGCAGCUCGAGCCGAUGGCCGCCCUCGACGAGAACUCGGCGGACCUCCCGCCUCCACUCGCCGCCGCGCCGCCCGUGCUGCCGCCGCCGGCGCCGCCGCCCCGCUGCCGCUGCAACCUGCCUUGCGUGUGGGAGCGCUCCCGCUGGUGGUGCGGCGCCAAGGCGGGGGAAGGGUGCGGGUACGAGUGCUCCCCCCCGCCUCGCGGCGCGCCCACGCCGCUCUGCCUGUGCGGCCGCCCCGCCAAGUUCCUCGUCGGCAAGUGGUGGUGCGCCGAGGCGCCGGGCGGCGGCUGCGCGCUGCAGCUGCCUCUCUCCGAGCACGCCACGCCGCCGGCGCGGCUGUCCCAGCACGCCAUCGAGGCCGACGCAGCGCGCGAGAUCGCCGCCACGCUCACCGCCGCCGCUUACGGCGUGGCGGACUGGGCGUUCGUGGCGGCGUGCGGCGUCGGGCUGGGGCUGUUUGCGCGCGCCGACAUCGUGCGCGGGCAGGUGGUUGCGGAGUACGCCGGGCCGCGCCUCCCUGGGGAGCUGGCGGCGCGGGGCGCGUUUGUGCUCGACCUGCCCGGCAGCGGCACCGUGAUUGACGGCGCGUACGAGAACAGCCCGGGGGACGGCCCGUUUUGGCCGGGCGUGUUUGCGAACCACUCGGCGCGCCCAAACGCGGCGCUCGAGUACGAGGAACAAGGAGCCUUCUUGGAACCUUCUUGGAACCUGCCUGUCCGCUUCAACUACGACCGCAACCGCAAGGAGGGCAAGCGGUACUGGGGCCGCGGCGCGCCGGCCGAGACGGGUUGGCGGGAGGAGAGGGCGGUCGAGGACUUGCCCACUUGGACUGACGACGCCGAGGCGAGCAAGCCCUUCCGGCAGCGGCUGCAGUCCGCGCCGUGCUGCGGCAGGCGCCUAGUAGGGUACCUCUCGGCGGGCACUUACCGGCGAGGCGAGUGGUCCGCCGCCGCCGACGCGCGGCUCCGCAAGCUGCUGCAGAUGCUGCACGGGACGCAGUGGCACGCGCGCUGCUCGUCGCGGCCAGGCGGCAAGGAGCGGUUCUGGGAGGUGGUCGCGACGCACUUUUACGGCCGCAGCCCGGCCGAGUGCCAGGGGCGGUGGCGCGCCAUCGCACGCAGCGGCUAG